AUGAAGGUUCGCACGAUAGACCCUAAAAGUCUGACUGACUUUAAACUGCUCGCCUUCGACUGCUUUGGCACAUUGGUCGAUUGGGAAUCAGGAAUUUAUGAUGAAUUACACCCUCUGCUCGGCCGCCUACCAGCAUCGAACCCCCUCAAAAAGGACCGUGUCUCACUUCUGAAACGCUUUGAUGAGAUCGAGGUUUCCAUCUGCGCCUCCAAGCCCGACCUCAGAUACCCUUCCCUCCUGUCAGAGGCUUACAUCGGGCUUGCCGAUGCCUUAGACCUUCCAGCUCCUACAAAGCCCGAAGCCGAUGCCUUUGGCGCGUCGGUAGGCAAAUGGCCCAUCUUCCCAGAUACAAUAGAGGCGUUGAAGCAGCUCAAGAAACGCUACAAGCUGGUCAUCCUCUCCAACGUGGACAAAAAGAGCUUUGCACAGGUCUUGAAAGGUGCCUUAGCCGGUAUAGAGUUCGACGCAGUUUACGUGGCUGAGGACAUUAGAUCAUACAAGCCUGACUUGAAGAAUUUCCAGUACCUGAUCACGCAUGCCCGAGAUGAGUUGGGUGUUCAGAUGGAGCAAAUCCUGAUGACGGCGAAAGGGUUGAAGUCAGAUCAUGUGCCGGCGAUGAAGAUGGGGAUGACCAGUGCCUGGAUAUCAAGAGGUGAAGGAAAUGAUGAGUUGAAGGCAGUUGAAGGGAAAGUAGCCUUUACUUGGAGAUUUGAUACCAUGGGAGAGAUGGCUGCUGCCGCCGAGAGAGAAUUUGGCAAAUAG